AAAAUAAAAAAUGCUCCAGAAGAUUAUGUCUACGGCAACUCAGCAAAAAUCAUCUUGGACCCGAGAUUGAUGAAGUGAAGCCGUAUAUAAGUUUCGAAGCCAACAGCCAAAAAAGGGCAAAGAAAUCGAGCAUCAUCUCCGCAGCACUGUGUUCGUUCCAAUGGAUUAAUGGCUUCUUCUGAUUCGGUUUCUGUUUGACUUUGCAGGGGGAUCUGUGGGCUGAAUAGCUGGAGGGAUUCGGAUGGACAAGCUUUUAGAGUUUGGACGAAGGGCCCUCUUCUACGUUAGGGUUCUCUCCGGCUACGAAGAGCGCCGGAUUCGAUCGUUUAGGUUGGAGCUCGAGAAGCGUCUCAAGCAGGCAGAGGAAAAAAAAGCUGCCAUGAGAAAGAUACCUGAGCAGGCCAUCUUAGGAGAAGUUCGCCGUAUGGUGGAGGAGAUGCAAACUCUUAAUAAAAAGUUAGAGGAAACAGAGUCUGCCAUUGAAGAGUACUUCAAGCCAAUUGACAAAGAAGCAGAGGCACUAAUGAAAAUGCAGCUUGAAGGAGAAGAGAGAAAAAUGAAGGACAUGGUUAAAGUCAUGCAGCAACAGGCUUUGUUUGAAAAGGCUGAGGCAGGUAAAGUUACCACCUCUACCCUUCAAACUGACAAAAACCAACACAACCAAAACCUUGCAUCUGACAAAACCCCUCAAAAAACUCAGUUGAGUUGAUUCUAUGACAAGUUAGUGAUUAUUGAUUAAAUUAAUAAAAGUCUGUUAGUGUGCAAUUUUGGUGCCACCAAUGUCAUAUAUACACUCCACUUUAUAGUUGUGAUUAUAAAGCCCCUCAGUUUUAAUCACAGAGGCAUUAUUGAUUGUAUUUAGUUUAUUAUAUGAUAGUUUCUUUUGCCCAAUUCAGAUGUAUGGACUUGAAACUGUCAACUUUUUUUAGUAUGGAGCUGUUGUUUCAUGAAAGAUGCUUAUUAACGAUAUCGAUACCUUAAACUUUACAAAA